AUGUCCGCUCCUUCGCCUACCGAGUCCGGCAAGUCCGCCGACCCAUUGAAGCGAGUCGAUAACGAGGGGCACGACCUUCCUCCCUCUCCUGCUCCAUCGAGCCCGCGCAAUGGUCGCAAGCGCUAUGCUCUCGCCACCGAGCUUGUGUACACAGACAGCAAAGAUCAAUAUGGCGCCUCCAGCGUUCCUAUCUACCAAUCUGCCACCUUUAAACAGACAUCAGCCAGCGGCGGCCAGCAAGAAUAUGAUUACACACGCUCCGGAAACCCAACCCGAACACAUCUUGAACGACACAUUGCCAAGAUCAUGAACGCUCAGCGAGCGUUGGCCGUCAGCUCGGGAAUGGGUUCUCUCGAUGUCAUCACUCGAUUGCUCAGACCCGGCGACGAGGUCAUCACUGGCGAUGAUCUUUACGGUGGCAGCCAUCGUCUUCUCACUUACCUGGCCGCUAACCAAGGCAUUAUCGUUCACCACGUCGACACCACAACUACUGAUAGCGUGCGGGCACGCCUCUCGGAGAAGACUGCCAUGGUUCUGCUUGAGACCCCUACAAAUCCUUUGAUCAAGGUCGUUGAUAUUCCUGGCAUUGCCCGCCUGGCUCAUGAGGUCAACCCCAAGGCUCUGGUAGUUGUCGACAACACGAUGCUCUCGCCAAUGCUUUUCAAUCCUCUGGAUGUGGGCUGCGAUAUUGUUUACGAGUCCGGAACCAAGUAUCUGUCGGGCCACCACGACAUCAUGGCUGGUGUCAUUGCGGUGAACGACACUCAGAUCGGAGAUAAGCUGUUCUUUGUUAUCAACUCUACUGGUUGCGGUCUUUCUCCCAAUGACUCGUUCCUUCUUAUGCGCGGUGUCAAGACUCUCGCAAUCCGAAUGGAGAAGCAACAAGCCAAUGCUCAAGCCAUUGCAGAGUUCCUUGAGUCUCGCGGUUUUCGUGUCCGCUACCCAGGUCUCAAAUCUCACCCUCAGUACGAUCUCCAUUGGUCUAUGGCUCGUGGUGCUGGUGCUGUCCUGUCUUUCGAGACUGGCGACCCUGCUGUCUCUGAGCGUAUCGUCGAGGCUGCUCGUCUAUGGGCCAUCAGCGUGAGCUUCGGCUGUGUCAACAGUUUAAUUAGCAUGCCUUGCCAGAUGAGCCAUGCCAGUAUUGAUGCCAAGACAAGAGCUGAGCGACAAAUGCCCGAGGAUAUCAUUCGAUUGUGCGUUGGUAUCGAGGACCCCAACGACCUGAUUGAGGAUCUUUCGCGCGCUUUGGUUCAAGCUGGUGCCGUAACUGUUACUAUGGAUGGCUUCCACGCAGCUGGAGCGGCUAAGGAGCUCGGAGAGACCCCUCUUGUCUUUCAAUAA